AUGGAGAGUGACUCGCAAACGGUCCCUCUCGACGACGUUUAUCUCGAGACAGUUGUAUUGAACGACAGGGAGUACCAGUGCUUUGCGGUUGAGAAUGGAACAUAUUUUGCGCCAGUCGACGAGGUUGUCGGCGUCGACAUUAGUCCGCAUAUGAUCCCCGAGGAGACUCCGGGGAAUCUUGAUCUGCAGAUUGACGACUUGAACCGACCCUUUACCUUCCCGUCCAACUAUUUCGACCUCGUCCAUAGUCGCUUAGUCGCUGGGGGCAUCAACUCGGACAGAUGGCGAGAUUACUUGCGGGAUAUGGUGCGAGUGCUGCGGCCCGGUGGGUGGUGCCAAAUGGUCGAGAUAUAUUUCAAUGCUCAAUCGGACAACGGCUCGUUGACGUCAAGUCAUGCUUUGAGCCGGUGGUCGCAAAGAUACCUGGAGAGCCUGUCGCCCUACAAGGACCCGAGGAUCCCGCUCCGGUUGGAGCAGAUGAUGAGACAGGCAGGAUUGGUCGACGUCGAGACACGAAUCCUUCCUCUUCCUAUGUGCGGUUGGUCGUCUGACCCCCGCUCAAAUGAUAUCGGCACAGCCAAUCGAGAGAAUGUGCAGCGGCUUCUUGCGUCUUUGGCGACGUUUCCGUUGACAGAACUGGCUGGUAUGCCCAUUGCCGAUGUGCAACUGCUUGUUGCACAAGCUCGAGCCGAAGCGAGCAAUGUUGAUUUCAAGGUGAAUACAGCCUCAAUCGGCCAACUUCUUGGCAUCCAAAUCCGACUUGCGGCUCGUCCUUGUUGA